ACCCAAAAAUCACCUCUCCAAAUUACAAAGCCAAAAGUCCCUCCGUCCCUCCGUCCCUCCGUCCCUCCCCUCAUCCAACCAUGUCAGGCAAAGACCGUAUGCUGAAGAGCCUCAAGAAGUUCGCUGACUUUCAUUACAAAAUCUUCACGGAUAAAUAUGGCCAGCAGCUCACUGACAUUUUCGAGUUCCCUAUCAAGCUUGUCCUUUCUCCUUUCACUCUUGCUUUCGACAUUGCCGGCUCUGCUCAACGUGGGUUUGGCGUUCCUGAGUUGGUGUCCAAGCUAUCUUACAUGUCAAUCUUUGCAGUUGCUACUUUAGGAACUUAUGACAUAGCAUUAGAGAUGGGAAAGAAGGUGAUAUGUCAAAGGAACUGUGGAACCUGCAAUGGUUGGCAGGCAUUGCGGUGUACCAUGUGCAGAGGAUCAGGGAGGGUGCAAUACCAAGUGAAGAAUUACACCUUGAGAAGUGGAGAGAAGGCAACAGCUCAAUGUGUUGCAGAUGCCAUUGCUGAUAAUCGGGCUGAGUUGGUUCAUCUUCCAUCCGCCAUAAAUCUUGAUGCACCAUUGCCAUCUAAAGAGUGCCCAACCUGUGAUGGCACGGGUGUGAUGGGCUGUCCUGAGUGCAAGGACAAAUUACAAGUCAGAAUCUCUGCAGAUGAUAUCAUGGAGCCUCCAUGGAAGGCCUACAAUGUUCUGAGGAAGAUGGACUACCCCUAUGAGCAUAUAGUUCACAGCAUGAAAGAUCCCAGCAUCGCUGCAUUUUGGCUGUUUACCUUGCCUCAGGUUGUGGGGGGUUUCGACUUCGAUGAUGAUAUCAAGAAAAAAAUUUGGUGGCAAUACAAGGAAUCUAUGCGGUAUGAUCAACUUCGUGAUGUGGUGGCCAAGCGAAAACCUGGCUGGGAGCAGUUGCAGGAAGCCUUGAUCUCCAUAGAUCCUGCUCGAGCCAAGGAAGAUCCUGUUAUUGUGAAAAAUAUCCCUUACUAUAAAGCAAAAAAGGCCCUUGAAACAGAAGUCAUGAAACUUGAUCCUCCACCAAGGCCGCAAAAUUGGGGUGAACUGGACCUUCCACUGAAUGCAUCUUCUUGGAGCAAGGAGGACCUCAAAAAUCCUGAAAAGUUCUAUGAAAUGACUGUUCUUCUAAAUGCUCAAAGAGAAUUGGCUGACAAAAUUUUGGAUGCGCAGUGGGAGACUAGAUGGCGACAAGAAAGGUUGAACGAGAUGUUGGAGGAGAAGGUACGGCCGUACAUGCAGAGUAUUGACAGUGGGACCCUCUCCCAGCCUAUUAUAUUACAAUUACAAGAUCAGAAUCAGAAGAGGACCCGACAACGGAGAUGGUGGUUCUUUUGACGAUACUUUCAGCCAUUUUUGUACCCAGAAAGCACCACAGAUCACGGCUUGUUCUUUUCGUUAUGUAUGAUUUUGUGGCUACACUGCUUUCUUCUAUAUUAGUUUACUUCCCCUUAUAACUCAGCUGCUUAAUCUCAUGUAUUUUUGAGCCUAUUGGGACAUCACUUGAUGUAAAUGAGGAGAAAAUGGCUAUCUACGAGGAGCAAAAGUUCAGUUUU